CUACAGGCCCGGCCGUAGGUACACCAAGUCACCAAUCCAAUGCAAUGCGAUCCAUGCACGGGCAUGCAGCCCGCCCUCUGACCGGAAUCACUGAUCGGUUUGCAUUUUCUUCUAUAUAUAACCGUGAAGACUGAUGAGUACGUAGGUGUCCACUGAUUGAUCUGUCCAUUCUACUCUCUCGUCUAGAUCGGCGUCGGCGGCUCGAUCGAGCAGAGGAAAGGGGACGGCGAUGUCGGCCACGACGGCGGCGGUGCCCUUCUGGCGAGCGGCGGGGAUGACCUACGUCGGCUACUCCAGGCUCUGCGCGUCCAUGGUGCGGAGCUGCCUCAAGGAGCCCUACAAGUCCGAGGCCGCCGAAGUCGAGAAGGUCCACUACUCCCGCUCCAAGUGGUCCGACGGAAAGCAGGCCAAGCCCAGUAAGUUCCUUCCUCGCCCGCCCAAUCUCUCGCCACAUCCAUCCGAUUUUGUUUUAUUUCCCUCCUGGUUACGUACGUACGGGAUAGAUGAUCCUAGGGUUCGUGCACUCGGCUUGGUGUUUUUUGAUGUGAGUAAUUGAUGACGAUGGCGAAAAUCU